AUGAUCCCAGCUCACCAUGCGGAGGACGGCAGCCGUGAGAUUCUCUACUCCCAUGACAUCUAUAUCCCAGACGUACUCGGGCUCGUCCUCGUCGGGGUUGAACCAGGCUGUCCCGCCAGCUACAGUAUCUAUGGGUGGGGAUUGCUCGACCACCUGAAGGUCCGCCCGGAACUUGAAGUCGUCGUACUUGCCAUGAUCAUGGGGCUGCAGGUCAGCCUGGGUGGUGUGCUGGUGCUCAUGGUCAUGGUCGUGGUCGGCAUGUUCGUCUGCACAGAGCACGGCAGGUAUGGAGCCCAGGAGCAGCAGCAGUGGCAGCAGGGACACGGCGCCCUUCAUGAUGACUGCGGGUUCUGGAACUUCAAAAGAUUAUAUUCCUGA